AUGAAUCCAUACGGUUAUCCAAACAACGGUUACCCUUACGGCUAUCCACCACCAGGUGCCCCAAUUUAUCCAACUACAACCACAACAUAUAUCACUCCAGUUGGUGUACCACCAGUAAUGGCACCUCCAAUGGUACCAACAACAACUGUUACUUAUGGUGUACCACCACCAGUAAUGGCACCUCCAAUGAUGGUACAACCUGGUUACCCAGUAGGUUAUGGUGUUCCACCCCCAAAUCCAUAUAAUUAUCCAACUGGUCCACAAAUCCCAGGUAUUAAUGGUUAUUCAAACAGAUCAAUUUCAGGUCAUAAAUUUAGAAGUGGAUUUAAAGUUCGUCAUGAAAACAGAUACCCAUUUUAA